GUCAGUGCAGUACCCCAAAAAUUUAACUUAACUCUGAUGAAUUUCUAACAUAAAAAUGGAAAACAUCCUAGAGCCAAGCAGUUCCGAUGACAACAUGCCUUCGGAUAGCAAAAAGGAGUCGUUGCAGUCGUUGCUUUCCUCGGAGGACGACUUCUUCGACGGUCCACCGACCUCGUCGAUAAAAAUCGAACCAACUCAACUGCAGGAGGGAACCAUCUCUUCGUCGCCGCAUUACAUGCAGGGGGAUGACGAAUUUGAGGGCAUUAUCUUUCCGGCGAUCGGACGCGAAAGCAGCAGCACAUCCAUGAUCGUUAGUAAAGAGCAGAAAGAUCUCGACCGGGCCAAGCGAAAAGAGCUGAAAAGCAAGAAGGUCAUGGAGGAAGAGGAGUUGGAGAAGAUGCAGGUUCUGGUGUCCAACUUCACCGAAGAGCAACUGGACCGGUACGAGAUGUAUCGGCGAGCGGCAUUUCCCAAGGCGGCCGUCAAGCGACUAAUGCAAACCAUAACCGGCUGUUCGGUGUCGCAGAAUGUAGUCAUUGCGAUGUCCGGUAUAGCGAAGGUGUUUGUCGGCGAGAUGGUAGAGGAAGCGCUCGAUGUGAUGGAACGUACAGGCGAAACCGGAGCAAUACAACCCAAGUAUCUGCGGGAAGCUGUGCGACAAAUACGCGCCCGCGGCCAAAUUCCUAGCGGGCGGGGACACAAGCAGUUUUUCAAGAUGAACUGAUCAUCGUAUCUCUUUGAGUGCGUGAUUGGUUGUGGCUUAUAAUUAGUUUUGCGUAUUU